CGUCGCCGCGCUCUCACCUCGCUCUCUCCCGCGCGCGCGCUCCCCGCAACCAUGGGGCUCCUCCGAGAGCGCCUCGGGCCCCUCCUCCUCCUCCUCCUCCAGGCACAGGUUUGCUGGCCUCGGUGCGCAGCCUCCGAGCCGUGCCCGCGGAGCACCGGGGAGGCUGAAGUGACCUUGGAGGCGGCCAGCACCGAACUGGAGCCGGGCCGGGCGCUGGGGCCAGCAGCGUUCACUGGCUCUCCUGGGCAACAGGUGCCUCUGCUCAGCAUUGACAAUGGCGACUUCAGUGUGCUGGCCAGAGGAACUGUCCAGGAAAGGAAAGCAGCAGAGAUCUUCCCAUUAAAACGUAUCUUACGAAGACGCAAGCGAGAGUGGGUGGUGCCGCCUAUAUCUGUUCCUGAGAAUGGCAAGGGCCCUUUCCCCCAGAGGCUGAAUCAGCUCAAAUCUAAUAAGGACCGAGGCACCAAGAUUUUCUACAGCAUCACAGGGCCAGGAGCAGACAGCCCCCCGGAGGGUGUGUUCACCAUAGAGAAGGAGACAGGCUGGCUGCUGCUGAACAAACCCCUGGACCGGGAGAAGAUUGCCAAGUAUGAGCUCUUUGGCCACGCCGUGUCGGAGAACGGGGCCUCGGUGGAGGAUCCCAUGAACAUCUCGGUCAUCGUGACGGACCAGAACGACCACAAACCCAAGUUCACCCAAGAUGUCUUCAGAGGGAGUGUCUUAGAGGGGGUGCUGCCUGGCACUUCUGUGAUGCAGGUGACAGCCACAGAUGAGGAUGAUGCCAUCAACACGUACAACGGCGUGAUCGCCUACACCAUCCAUAGCCAGGAACCGAAGGACCCGCACGACCUCAUGUUCACCGUCCAUCGGAGCACUGGCACCAUCAGCGUCAUCUCCAGUGGCCUGGACCGGGAGAAAAUCCCUGAGUACACGCUGACCAUCCACGCUACAGACCUGGAUGGGGAAGGGUCCUCUGCCACAGCAGUGGCCAUAGUAGAGAUUCUUGAUGCCAAUGACAAUGCGCCCGUGUUCGAGCCCCAGAAGUACGAGGCCCGGGUACCCGAGAACAAAGUGGGCCAGGAAGUGCAGAGGCUGACAGUGACCGACCUGGACGCCCCCAACUCACCAGCCUGGCGUGCCUCCUACCGCAUCGUGGGAGGUGACGCCGCGGACCAUUUCACCAUCACCACGCACCCUGAGAGCAACCAGGGUGUCCUGACCACCAGGAAGGGUUUGGACUUCGAGGCCCAAAACCAGCACACCUUGUAUGUCGAAGUGACCAAUGAGGCGCCCUUCGUGGUGAAGCUCCCCACCUCCACGGCCACCGUCGUGGUCCAUGUGGAAGAUGUGAACGAGGCUCCCAUGUUUGUCCCAUCAUCCAAAGUCAUCGAGGCCCAGGAGGGCAUCUCCGUCGGGGAGACUGUCUGCAUCUACACUGCACAAGACCCUGACAAGGAGGGUCAGCAGAUCAGCUACCACAUCCUGAGAGACCCGGCAGGGUGGCUGGCCAUGGACCCAGAAAGCGGAAGGGUCACUGCAGCAGGCACAUUAGACCGAGAAGAUGAGCGAUUUGUGAAGAACAAUGUCUACGAAGUCAUGGUCUUGGCCACCGACAAUGGGAGCCCACCCGCUACUGGCACAGGGACCCUACUGCUGACACUUACGGACAUCAAUGACCAUGGCCCGCUCCCUGAGCCCCGUCAGAUCGUCAUCUGCAACCAAAGCCCAGUGCCUCAAGUGCUGAACAUCACCGACAAGGACCUGUCGCCCCACUCUUCCCCUUUCCAGGCCCAGCUCAUACACGACUCAGACAUCCACUGGAUGGCAGAGGUCAAUGAGAAAGGAGACUCGGUGGCCUUGUCUUUGAAGAAGUUCCUGAAGCAAGACACGUAUGAUGUGUACCUCUCUCUGUCUGACCUCGGCAACAAGGCACAGCUGACGGUGAUCAGGGCCACCGUGUGUGACUGCCAUGGCCACGUGGAAGACUGUCCGGAGCCCUGGAAGGGCGGUUUUGUCUUCCCUAUCCUGGGGGCUAUCCUGGCCCUGCUGUUCCUCCUGCUGGUUCUCCUCCUACUGGUGAGAAGGAAACGGAAGGUCAAAGAGCCCCUCCUGCUCCCGGAAGAUGACACACGGGACAAUGUCUUCUACUACGGCGAGGAGGGUGGUGGUGAAGAGGACCAGGACUACGAUAUCACUCAGCUGCACCGGGGGCUGGAGGCCAGGCCCGAGGUGGUCCUGCGCAAUGAUGUGGCGCCCACCUUCAUCCCCACACCCAUGUACCGGCCCCGGCCUGCCAACCCUGAUGAGAUCAGCAACUUCAUCACCGAGAACCUGAAGGCGGCCAAUACCGACCCCACGGCCCCGCCCUACGACUCCCUGCUCGUGUUCGACUACGAGGGCAGCGGCUCGGACGCGGCGUCGCUCAGCUCCCUCACGUCCUCCGCCUCCGACCUGGACCAGGACUACGACUACCUGAGCGAGUGGGGCAGCCGCUUCAAGAAGCUGGCCGACAUGUACGGAGGCGGCGGCGACGAGGACUAGGCCGGCCCGCAGGCCCAGGGACUGAACAUCUGGCCACAGCAGCUUCUCCCAGAGGGGUCGGUUCCCCUCCAUCACCUCCGCCCUCAAGGAAUUGGGGGUGCUGCUCAGCAGCCUGGAGGGCAGAGGCUGCAAGGCUGGCGCUCAGAGCUGGGUUCUAGGCCACUGACAGUGGAAGACAUGGAUACCUUCAACACCCACCACCUCUUGGCCUGGGUCCAGAUGGCCGCAGGAGCUGAACUUCCAGAAGUUUCCCACCUGCUGUAAUGUGCUCAGCCAAGGCCCGGGCCCAGGCCUCAGCCCUCUCCCAUGCCCCAUGUGGCAUUUCUCUCUAAAAAAUGGAUCCUUUUCUUUGGACAGAGGCCUAUUACUAAAACUGAUCCAAUUUGGGGCGGGGGGCCUGUUUGUUUUUUGUUUUUAAUGAUAUAUUCAAAGAGUUCCAGGCCGGUCCCUGGUGUCCCCUUGGGUCUCCUAUGUCCCCGCGCCUCACCCCCCACGCGCCUGGUGCUGGUCCUCAUGCCUCGCCGCUCUCCAGGCCCCGAGGUGUUGCAUGCGGCUGGCUCACUGCAUUUUUAUCUGUGGAUGUCUAGGUGGUUCUGUAUGUUUUUGUUUUGUUUUGUUUUUAAUUUUCCCCUACUUUUUUUUUUUUAAUUUUCCCCGUGGCGUGCCGUAGAUUGGAGGGUGAUGACAAUCGUGUAAAUGUAUUAGAACUUUUUUAUUAAAGGAACUUUUCCCAGAA